GUUCCCCCAUCAUAUUUUUCAGUCUGUUCCCUGGUCCAUCGUUCACCAUGCCAUCUCUGGAGCUAAGACUUGAAGACUGGGACCCUUAUAAAUACUCUAUCAAAGACUUCGCUGAUGAACUUUCAGCAAAAGUCUUCCAUAUUCUGAAUGACUAUCUCCAACCAGACACAGAAAUGCCCCUCUUUUCAGCGGUAAAAUCAAUCCUCGAUAUUCUUCCAGGCGCCCCUUUGUCAGACGAGAUUUACGUGGUCGGCGAAAUCGUUCUAGAACUGGCAAAACAAAUACCCUACCAUCAUCCAUCACAGGCGAAGCUCGCGCGUGUUAUGGAAGGGUUGACAAAUUCACCCAAGUUCACCACUGGACCAUAUUCCAGUGGCCAAUCUAUGCGCGGUCAGCGAUUCAGAGAGUCUAUUCGGGAGGCUUAUAAUGGUCCCAGCGCCGAGUACCCACAAGUUUGGCCAAAUCUCAUGGCUUUCUAUGCUCACAUAUCAUCAAUGCAUGUCCUCGGUCAUGAUCCAACUUACGCCAUCUGGACCAUGCGGGGUGCAUUCGAAGAGCGACCUGUACCUUGGGACCCUCCUUUUGAAGGCGAGCGGGAUCAGCGCAUUAUUGCGGCUGCACAGUACAUUCUCUGGGAUGGGUUGGAAUUGUUCAAGGAGGUUGUCUCCCCUGGAACCAUUGAGGAAAGGCCUAGUUGGAUGCCUGGUUUAUUGUGCUUUAGUGAGCACCGACUUUCUCUACGGAGGUGGCAUUUCUGGAAGAAGGGGUUUGAAAAGUCUAGAGAGGAAGGCAAUGGGCUGAGUGAGGAGUGUAGGAAGGUGGCAGGAAAGGCGGCGGCAUUGAUGGAGACGAUUGAGGAGGGUUUGUCAUUCUAGAUUGUGGGUGACUUCUGAUGAGAAGUUAAUUCGCCAAUGGAGAAAUAUUUGAGGCCAAGGCCUGAUACAGAUGGUCUUGGCAGCCU